AAAAAGAAAAACUAUAGGGAUUCAGUAUGCCUCGUGAGGCUCUCAAGAAACGCACUCCCGCGCCAGUCUCAUUUCCAAUUCUGCACUGCUGAGCAAAGGCGAUUCCAUUAGCAAAAUGAACGUGCAAGACCUUCUCUCCAACGAGGCGGCCCCCGAGUGCCCGUCGUCGCCCGCGACAUCGGUGGACAGCAGCAGCAGCAGCUCCAACUCGGACACCCCGAAGCGCGGCUGGGUAGCACCGUUCCUCCUGCAUCUGCAUCAGAUGCUGCGGCGCGAGGACUGCCGGAUCAUUCGCUGGGCCGAAGACGGCAUGGCCUUCCAGAUCCUGGACAAGGAGGCCAUGACCACGCAGAUCCUGCCCAAGUACUUCAAGAACAAGAACUUCUCGAGCUUCCAGCGCCAGCUCAACUACUUCGGCUUCCGCAAAUGGAGCAAGGCUCGCGCGCAGUUCCCCACCUAUAGUCGUGAGCACUUCACUCGUGACAACUUCAGCGAAAUGUCGCUAGUCAAGCGCCAGAGCAAGAAGUCGCGCAAACGCAAAGCUGUCGAUGAAGAGCAGCAGCCAGCUAAGCGCGCGGCCGUGGCUACGCUCAACUAUGGUGCCGAGAAGUGCAAGCCUAUUCUCCCGCGUCCCGCUACCCCCACCGUCGUGGCUCCAAGCCUGUCGUACCAACCUCAAGUCGUGUCCCCGCCAAUGCACCCAGCACCGGUGUUCAACCUGCCUAUUCUAUCCCCCACCCGCAAGAUGAACAGCGGCUACAAGCUGCCGUCCAUCCGCGAGCUGUCGCUCUCCAGUGCCUUGCCGUACUCGACCAUUGGCCCGAUCCGACCCCGCCUCAUGGCGUAAAUGUCUUCGUCCAGUAUUUUAUGACAAUUUUCUUAAACUCUACCAACAAUAUUUAUACAGAACAUCAAAAACAAAAUUCUUGUUACAUUUCCGCAAA